AGUGAAUAUAGAUGGCAGUGUCACUAUUCUAAAUCGCAGUACUUAAUAAAUGCAUCAUAUUCAUACAUUCGAGUUAUUAGAACGAAUGAACUGUAUUCUAAUCGGUACAGUAACAUCCAUCCUGCGUGUUUUCACGUAUCCAGUCUAGGUAGUUAGUGACACGAGUGUAUACGCCGGGAUAACCAACUCUAGCGCAGCCGUUACCCCAUGAGACGACACCUAUCAGCUCGUAGCGUUUGUCGUGCUUUCUCUCAGCGAUUAAUGGCCCACCGCUGUCACCCUGGCAAGAGUCUUUUUGUCCUGUUUUUGGAUAGCCAGCGCACAACAUGUUGUCAGUGAUCAUAGAUGAAGUGUAUUUGGUAUUACGACACUCCUGGUUGCUAAUGACUGGUACUUCCACCUCCUGCAGUGUGCAGGACACCUUACCCUCCUCCGUAAGAGUGCCCCAACCGGAUGCCACAGCUUUUACUCCGACGUACAAGUUCUUAUUAUUAGUCGGCAAGCAGAUAGGCUUGAUUGUCUCGGAGAUAGGAACUCUCUCGUUCAACCGAAGCAAAGCUAUGUCAUUGUCAAAGUUGGUGAGGGUGAACUUGUUGGCGAUGGCGCGAAGCACGAAUCGGGUCUCAGGGCGGCUUGUAGCGUUACAACGAUUGUGCUCACCGAACGUGACUUUGAUCAUGAACCACAUGAAUCCUUUAACACAGUGAGCAGCAGUUAAGACGUAUCUGUCAUUGAUGAGCAUGCCGCCACAGUAGAACCGUUUGAAGUAAGACAGACGAGCCAUCCAGGGAAACUCGUUGAUACCAGCUUCAUCACCACCCACAAUACGCGAAACUUCGUUCCUUUCACCACAUUUACAAGAGCACGUGGUCCUUGGUUUGUUGGUUUCCAUCAUCGGCGGCCGGUUGCCCCAAAGACCACCAAAGAUGUUCUUUGGGUACUCUGCUCUCGCAUCCUGAACCAAAUCGCCCUCAGAGCAAGUGAAAGUCAAAGCCACAAGCACUAAAAUAAAUAAACACUUCCACAUUGUGUUACUGGUUUAAAAUAAAAUAAACAUAAAAAAGGAAAAAAGUAAAAAAUUCUAAAUUCGAAUUCAGAUUUUGGCGCUCGGCUGGCGCAUGGUAUUUGGUAGGUGAACUUGUCGCGCGCGCUCACAACGGACACACACUGAGAUGCGCUCCGUCCUCACCCGUGGUCAAACAUCGGACGUGUUUUGGAUACGUCAAUU